AUGUCAGUGCCCCCCCGUGCCACGGUGGCCGUGGCCCAGGUGACCUCCACCCCGGACAAGGAGCACAACUGGUGCCAGUGCUCGGCGCUGGUGCGGGAGGCGGCGGGACGGGGGGCCCGGCUCGUGUUCCUGCCCGAGGGCUUCGACUUCAUCGGGCACGGCCCCGAGCAGAGCCUGAGCCUGGCAGAGCCCCUGGACGGGCACACCGUGGGCAGGUACCGCCAAGCUGGCCAGGGACUGUGAUGUCUGGCUCUCCCUCGGGGGUUUCCACGAGCGCGGCUCCGACUGGGACACGACCGGCCGGAUUCUACAAACUGCCACAUCCUGCUGGACAA